UACCACUGAGUUUGAUAUUUUAAUGGAAUCUCUUUUAAAGAAAGAAUUUAAGGAAACUAAAGAGUUUGAAAAAAGACUGCGAGGAUACUUGGCAGAAUCAACCAGUUAUCAUGACCACUCAGAAGAAAAAGAUUACCAUAAUCUCAUGAAUGGAUUUUUAAGUACAUUAGGUCUGGAAUUUAUGGUUAUUUCUAAUCGCGAAUCGGGAGAUGGUCGCUAUGACCACGCUCUAAUUCCCAGGGUCAAUGAAGCCCGAGACAUUGCUUUCAUUUUCGAAUAUAAAAAGGCAGUUAAUAAAGAAGAUAAAGAAUUAGAUUUAGCGGCUGAAAAAGGUUUAGAACAAAUAGACCAACACCAAUAUGAUACGGGAAUAAAACAACAUUCCCAGGUUAAACAAAUUAUCAAAGUUGGACUAGCCUUUUACGGAAAGAAAGUCAAAGCCAAAUAUAAGAUAGAAGAAAAAACCUCUGAUGGCGAUUGA